CGUGAUGUUGUGACUCCCUAGUUAGAAACUACUUGUCGCGUGACUCACCGAAUAAUUUACGACAAGGCAGAAAUUCAAGCAUUUUUUUACAUCUUAAUGGAAGAAACAUUUCCCCAAAAAUCUCGUGAUAGAAAAGCCAGUUAUAAGAAAGCUGUGGAUGUCUAUCGGGUCGAGGACCAAGAGAAGACCGAAAAAUUUCAACUUGGUCCAAACAACAGCAUUGCCUCAAGUCAUGUUAUUGAUGUGUUUACGAGCUCAGACGCUGACAAUGGUUUUAAUCAAGCCACCGUUGAGAAUAAUCCAGUGAAAACGUUCUUCAUUCAAGACAGUCCUCAUGCCAAAGGUGAAGGUACAAGAAGAGAAACGUGGAGUGAUUUUGCAGAAAGCAGUAGCCUUCAUGGCGUCAGAAACGUUUUUGUUCGUUCUUCUUUUUAUGUGCGGAUAUUUUGGUUUGUUCUUUUACUAGCUUUCACCGGCUGGGUCCUUUAUUCCAUGUACAGCAGCAUUCAUAAGUACUUCCAGUACUCCAUUGCUACGGUGAUGAGAAUCCAUUACCCAAAAGAGGGAAUGCGGUUUCCUGCGGUCAGUUUGUGCCCGAUGACUACGUUUACGAGGACCAAAAUUUUCAUGAGAGACGAUAAUCCUGCAUUUGAAUCGCUGGGGCUGAACUUACCUGCCUGCAAAGCAACAGCGCAUGUCAGAAAGGGGAGGCCAUGUGGGGAAGCCUUGUUAUGUUGUUGCUCAGAGCACGACGCCAGGGACAUUUCUAUGGCUCUCGGUAACUGCACUGAUGACUACAAGAAGGAACUUCAGGAGGUCAUUAAGAAAGACAAGAAAUCGUUUGAUGACAAAAAAUUCCACGAGGCCUACGGUCCAAGUCUGCGGCGAAUGAUUAUUUACAACACAUGCUUUUUCGCUGCAAUGCGGGACGGUCAGUGCUCUUAUGAAGAUUUUGUCCCAACUAUGACUGAGCGUGGGGUCUGCUUCACAUUCAACUCAGGACGGAAUGGCAAAGAAGCAUUUAACGUAUCUUACGGUGACACAUCGACUGGUCUGUCGUUGAUACUAGACCUUAAUUUGAAUGACCACUUGGUUGGGACUUUCUCCGAGGGAAUCCGGAUCAUUGUCCAUGAUCAAGGGGUUUAUAUAAAUCCCGCAAAAAAUGUCCUGGUGGCCCCAGGGAGUUAUGCUCAGAUCAGUGUGAAACGGAAAGAGUAUAUAAACAAGAGAUGGCCAUACGAAACAAAUUGCAGCGACAAAAAACAGCUUAAAGGUUUUCCAAAGUACGACUCUGACGGAUGUUAUUAUGAAUGUAUAUCAAAUAAAACAGAAAAGAAAUGUGGCUGUAGAUUACCAAGUGACCCCGAUCAAUUAAUUGACGACCGAAUUUGCUUCAGGGAUGACAAACCAUGCCCUAACGACGUAUUUUCUGAGAUGGUCGCAGGGACCUUGGACUGUGACUGUCCCCUCGCUUGUCACGUGGUCAGUUACGAAACAGUAACAACUACGGCGGCCUUUCCGAACCCAUCGCUCAUAAAAAUAUUACAAACGAAAGGAUAUAACAGGACAAAUGACUAUCUCAGAAAGAACCUGAUCAACCUCGUAGUUACUUACACGACAAAUUCUUAUGAGGCUUUCAGGCAAACGUCCCAGUACGACAGCGGGGCACUCAUGGGAGAAAUUGGUGGCAAUCUUGGAUUGUUUCUCGGCUGCAGUAUUCUUACCAUUAUUGAGUUUAUCGACUUCGCCAUUUACUUUUGCCGCACUCGUCACAAGAAGAAAUCCUAAUAUUGAGGCUCGUGCUGUUCGAAGGAAGUUUCCAAACGUUAUCGCCCGCACUAAAGCCCCCUAACGGGGCAAUUUGCUAGGAAAUAAAUUGGUUGUCUUAUACACUAGGUGGAUAUUGUUAGCCAAGACCGAAGCUUCUUUGAGUCGUCCGAAGCUUCUUUGAACUCAAGCUGGUGUAUCAAAAUGGCGGCUAGAAAUCCUAAGCCAGGACGUAGCUAAGAAGGAGCCUUCUCCAGAACACCCAUUCUGCGUUGUGAAAUAAAUAUUUCUGUCAAGAACAAACUUACCUAUUACUUUAACUUAAACGCGUGAAUCCGAAGAAUCUACGUAUUCCUUUGCUGGACCUUUGAACGUAAGUGCGAGCCCGCCAGAACACAAGGUAGAGCGGCAGCAUAAGCUACAUCAAGAAUGGCGCAUGGAUACCGCCACCGUGACCUUCCUUUUUAUUUUUUAUUUUAUUUUAUUUUAUUUCAUUUAGCUUCGCCAACCAGCAGGGACACCGCAACAGC